UCGCUCCUCACUCUUCUUCCCCCUACGGGCUCAACAGUCCCUCUCAACUGUGUUUUGUAGACCUGAACAGAAGCACAGACCUCUUCUCACUUCCCCGUGAACUUCUUCCGUGCGCGAUUGUACAAUUUCACCUCUCCUCUUGCUGCACUUCCAAUCAUUCUUAGAAACCUCCCACCCUACCCUCCCCCACUGUUUGGGCCGAUUGAUGACUUGACGAGAUCGACGAUUUUUCUUCUGUAUUUUUACAACCACUCAUCUCUCUCAUCUUCUGCUUAAAAUUUCAUCUCCGGGUUUCCGAUUGUAUGCCUUUCUAGACAGCUUGUAUCUGCUGUUGAAGACGAUCAAUCAAUCAACCAUCACAUAACAUUAACGGCCGCCUGCAAACUGAUUUGCGACAAUCGAUACCCCAAGCAUCUAUCUUAACAAAGCGCAGAAAAGCAAUCCAAAAUGGCAGCCGAUAUCCCGAAAGUCGUGCCGUUAACAUGCCACGGACAUUCUCGUCCCGUGCCGCAUAUCAACUUCUCCUCCACCGUCGAAGAUGACCAGUACUAUCUCAUCUCCGCAUGCAAAGAUAACAAUCCCAUGCUGCGCGAUGGUAUCACGGGUGACUGGAUCGGAACCUUCCUCGGCCACAAAGGUGCCGUCUGGCAGGCACGUCUCUCGACGGAUGCGACCAUCGCCGCCACCGCCGCCGCCGAUUUCUCCGCCAAAGUCUGGGACACGCACACAGGCGAAUGCCUGCACACGCUUCAGCACUCGCACAUCUGCCGCGCGGUAGCAUUCCCGCUGCAGCCGUCGCCCCGCGUGCUAGCGACAGGCGGCUUCGAAAAGAAGCUGCGUAUCUUCGACCUAACGCGCAGCAGCAGUAGCAGCGGUGGCGGGGGUAACAGCAAUAGCUCCUCGCCAACAUUCCCCAGCGCGCCAUCAGGCACAGAAACCAGCCAAGCGGCGGCGGCGGUAACGAGUUACGAGAUCGGGCCGGGGGUGCACGGGGGCACGAUCAAGUCGAUCGUGUGGAACCAAGACUACAACAUCCUGACGACGGCCGCCGAGGACCGGAAGAUCCGGUGGUGGGACCUGCGGUCGCGGCACCCGGUGGUGGAAUACACGGUGGACGGACCGAUCGGCAGCUGCGAGCUCAACACGCUGGCGGUGCGCCCCAACGACGCAGGCAUCCUGACGGUGGCGGCCGGCAAAUCGGUGUAUCUGUUCGAUGGGCUGAAUCCGGGGCGGCUGCUCAAGAAGAUCGACUUCCGGUACGAGGUCGCCAGCGCGGCCGUCAACAAAGAAACGAGCCGUCUGGUCACCGGUAGUGCUGACGAUACUUGGGCUCGCGUGUAUGAUCUGAUGACUGGUGAAGAACUUGAAGUCCAAAAAGGCCACCACGGCCCCAUCUGGUCCGUAAGCUUCUCCCCCAACGGCAAACUCUACGGUACCGGAAGCGAGGACGGAACCAUCAAACUCUGGAAAGCAUGCCGUGAACCCUACGGUCUCUGGCGGUGAAAUUUAUCCCCCCCUAAAAAUCACUAGCCUAGAUGAGCCCCUAGCCUACAGCGCAGCCCCGAAAGCUAGGUUACAUAUGCCUCAGCCCCGGAAAACGGACCAGGACUGUGUGGGGAGGGAUUGCUAGUGGAAGAGCAUGAUGAUGAUGCAUAGUGAAUCAUAGGAAUGGAUGGCCACAAUUGACGAUUGAUUGACCUCGUAUAUCCUGAACACGAUUGGUCAAAGGGGUCUGAGAGAAGAGGGAAAGAAAGAUCGCGAGAGAUUUGUCUCACAGGUAUAUAACGCGGUGCACACCCUCUUGGAGCAACCUCUCCGUGAACGGGGCCGGUCAUACUUAGCCUCUAGUUGUCCAUCUCCAUAUCAUAGUUGCUCUUCACUACACAGAAUAUGUUACCUACUUGCCUACCUACCUAUGAAAAUACUUUGC